AUGCGUUUUACGUUUAAAGCACUGCGUAAUACAAUUAAUUCCAGCAGAGGGGCUUCUGGCUAUUACCCCCGCUUCCGGCCACGUCGAUUAGUAAUGCCGGUGGAUACCAACGACGUGCAUUCACCGAGGCGCUUUGGGAAUCCCCUACAUCAGAAGCACAUCGAACAAGUGAAUCUUCGGCGGAGCGUUGAGCGUCAAGGCGCAAUUAAGCUCUCUAGCGUCCCCGCAGAACGCACCGUAGGGGAUGCCUUCCGCCUCAUGCUUCAAACAUGUGAGUCUAAUGGGUUCUUUGAGAGCUCGAAGAACUUCACGCCUCCUUCGCUUGUGUUGCUCGAGCGUCAUCUCCAAGAAUGGGAGCACCUCCAACAGCAGAUGUUCAACGAAAAGGUUGACUCCGGCACGAAUGCAUCCACGUCGCCGCCAAGCCUGUGUGGCAUUUCCUCGUCUUCCGCUACUUCGUCGCUUUCGGUGCGGGAGAUCGACCGGAUGUGGUCGCUUCUCGAUCGCACACCGCUCAACGCCCCCGUCCACGGCUUACUCGCCCUCCGCGGGAAGGCGUUGGUCGAAGGCGUGAUCGCGCGGACGUCCUACGCGCUCUUCCCGCGUCUGCGAUCCAAGCAUCUCCAGCAGCUGCUCCACGAGACAGCGGGGCUGCUGCCCUGUGGGCGGGUGGCCACCCGUCUGGGGUUCGCAGACCUCGCAGGGGUUGAUGGGGAGAUCGGCAUGUGGCGCGAGCUCAACGUGUUGCAGCAGCGCUUCGAUAUUGCCCGGCGAAAGGCGGCCGCGCAUCUGCAGCGCGUGGAGAAGGGCGUCGCGGCGCAGCGACGAUGGUACUGGAAGGCGGUGCUACGCGCGGCCUCUGGACGGCUGAAGAUGUUUCCUGUGGUUCCUGGGGAUCUGUUCCCACGCAUGGAGUGGAUUCGUAGCUUUGUUUUUGCUUUCGUAGCCUUUCUGGAGAUGGCUGAGCGUGCUGCCGACAGCAAUGUGAAGGUAACUCCACUGAUCUUGAAGCUUUUCUGCGCACAGCUCGGAGAAUUUGCCCAUACGAGGCACCUUUUAAAUAGUGCAAGGACCUGCAUGGCAUUUGAGGAAACGCAUAGUCAUCGACUAGGUCUCGAUGCAUCGAAGAAUGAGGAUGCCCUCCGCCGUUUUCGCGACCUCACCGAGGCAAUCCGACGUGAAGUAAGUGGGCAUUUACAUCGAUCCCCUGAGGAACUGCAUGUUCUUAAUGCAAAAUCACACCCUCUUAACGACCGUGCGGACCGUCGCCGCGAGCAGUUCGAGUCCAGUGGUGGUGCGGUGGCGACGCAGAGCCUGCGCGACGACAUCUUCGACGCUUAUGAGAUCGAGCGGCAUCGUCGCGACGCCCCUCCGGUGGUGCUCCACGCCCUGCGCACCACCAACGCGUUGAAGGAGGCGCAGCUGAUUUUAAAGUACGCGCCGGGCAUCGCACCAUCGAUACGGCGCGCGCUGAUCGACGUCGAUCCGAUCAUCCGACGGACGGUGGAGGUCCACGAGACGAACAACUACGCCACGUUACACAACACGCAGCAGUACCGGCAGGUCGAGUACACGGUCUGCCGACUGUACGCCGGCACCCAGGCGAUCGGCGAGGGGAAAGGGGAAACCCUCAUGGAGGCCAUCAACGAGGCCGCGCAGCACACCGUGUUUAACUACUACGUUCGUGGUGUCGUGCCGACAGAAGUGCUGGAAGGCAAGAAUAGUCCUACUGGUGAUGGCGAUCCGGAGUCGAUGCGCGAUACUUCGAAGGUGUCGGAUGGCGAAGCCCGUGUCAGUGGGACCGUUCGAAUUCGUAAGGUCAAAUCGGAGGAAGAAAUAAUCUUUUGA